GCAUUUAAUUUUCUAAUUUGUGUUGUAAAAAAUUUGUAUUUUAAUAUCAAAGGUUGAAAUAUGCCGUGCAAUUGCGAAGACGACAAUGGAGUGCCCAUGCAUCAAAAUGGCUGUCGUCUAACAGCUGAUCGGAGCGCGUUACAGCAAUACGGGUACCGACAUCGGAUACAGGAAAAUGGAAGUUCAAUGAGUGAAGAAGUGGAUCCGGAUUUAGUUAGAUAUCCCGAUGGCACCGUACGCCUACGUAACCCAAACAUCGAACUUAUGGACCAAGACAUCUUGUACCACUUGGCACUCGGCAGUGGCUCCCACGAUCUCGUCGAAAUGUUCGGCGACGUCCAAUUCGUAUGUAUGGGGGGCACACCGAAGCGCGUGGAGCAGUUCGCGUAUACGAUCAUGGCAGAGAUCGGGCACAAGCUGCCGUGCGGUACCACGCUGCAGGACAUCAGCCAGUUCUCCUACCGCUACUCCAUGUAUAAAGUCGGCCCAGUGCUGUCUAUAAGCCACGGUAUGGGUAUACCGUCUGUAGGCAUCCUACUUCAUGAGGUCAUCAAACUGAUGUACCACGCGAAGGUGCGAGAUCCUGUGUUCUUCAGGAUCGGGACAUGCGGAGGCAUCGGGUACGAGGGGGGCACCGUCGUUAUAUCAGAGGAAGCUGUGGAUGGAACUCUCAAGAAUGCUUUAGAAUUGACGGUACUAGGCAAGACAAUACAGCGGCUGGCGAAGUUAGACCGAAGACUGGUGAAAGAGCUGAAGAGUCUAGCUGAUCCAGAAGACCCCUAUGACACUAUAACGGGGAAGACAAUGUGCACCUAUGACUUUUAUGAAGGACAAGGUCGUCUCGAUGGUGCGUUCUGUGACUUCACGGAGGCGGACAAGAUGGAGUACUUGGAGAGUAUUCACAAGGCGGGGGUGGUCAACAUCGAGAUGGAGUCGCUGGCGUUUGCCGCGCUCACACACCACGCCGGCAUCAAGGCGGCUGUCGUCUGCGUCACCUUCCUCGACAGGCUUAAAGGAGAUCAGGUGCUGGCACCAAAAGAGGUCCUGGAUGAGUGGCAACAGCGUCCCACUAAACUCGUCUGCCGAUAUAUCAAAAAACACUUGCAAAUGAAGGGUCGCCUGUCAUUGGAAGGACACGGUUCUAUCGCUGUCAAAAGUCCGCGCCGUUUCAAACUGGUUCAACAAGAAUCGGAAAACUAUGAUUAAUUCAUCACCAUUCGAUCUCGGGGACUUUACUUACGGUCUAUAUUUAUCAUCGAAAGCUACUAUGUUUAUGUGAAACGCCCUUAGAUUGCUUGUUGUUCUUGUCUAUUAAUUAAUUUGAUAAAUAUAUGUUUUUCCGUGAAUAUUCAAUGAUAU